AUGUCCUUUGAGGCUGCCAGGCUGAGCAUGAGGAAGAGAAGAAAUGGGACCUUGGACAGCACCCGGACCCUGUACUCCAGCAUGUCACGGAGCAUAGACCUGUCCUACAGCGAGAGUGACUUUGUGAAUUUUAUUCAAGCAAACUUUAAGAAACGAGAAUGUGUCUUCUUUACCAAAGAUGCCAAGGCCACGGAAAGCGUGUGCAAGUGUGGCUAUGCCCAGAGCCAUCACAUAGAAGGCACCCAGAUCAACCAAAAUGAAAAAUGGAAUUACAAGAAACACACCAAGGAGUUUCCCACCGACGCCUUUGGGGAUAUUCAGUUUGAGAGUCUGGGAAAGAAAGGCAAGUACAUCCGCCUGUCCUCUGACACGGACGCAGAGCCCCUCUACGAGCUGCUGACUCAACACUGGCACCUGAGGACGCCCAAUCUGGUCAUCUCCGUGACGGGCGGGGCCAAGAACUUUGCACUGAAGCCGCGCAUGCGCAAGAUCAUCAGCCGCCUCAUCUAUAUCGCGCAGACCAAGGGUGCUUGGAUUCUCACAGGGGGUACCCAUUACGGCCUGAUGAAGUACAUCGGGGAGGUGGUGAGGGACAACACCAUCAGCAGGAACUCAGAGGAGAACAUCGUUGCCAUUGGCAUAGCAGCUUGGGGCAUGGUCUCCAACCGAGACACCCUCAUCAGGAAUUGUGAUGCUGAGGGAUGUUUCUUAGCCCAGUACAUAAUGGAUGACUUCACGAGAGACCCCCUGUAUAUCCUGGACAACAACCACACUCAUCUGCUGCUUGUGGACAAUGGCUGUCACGGACAUGCCGCAGUUGAGGCAAAGCUGCGGAGUCAGCUGGAGAAGUACAUCUCCGAGCUCACCAUUCCAGAUUCCAACUAUGGUGGCAAGAUCCCCAUUGUGUGUUUUGCCCAAGGAGGUGGAAAAGAGACUUUGAAAGCCAUCAAUACCUCCAUCAAAAGUAAAAUUCCUUGUGUAGUGGUGGAAGGCUCAGGCCAGAUUGCCGAUGUGAUCGCCAGCCUGGUGGAGGUGGAGGAUGCCCUGACGUUGUCCAUCAUCAAGGAGAAGCUGGUGCGUUUUCUACCUCGCACGGUGUCUCGGCUGCCUGAGGAGGAGACUGAGAACUGGAUCAGAUGGCUCAAGGAAAUUCUUGAAAGUUCUCACCUAUUAACAGUUAUUAAAAUGGAAGAAGCUGGGGAUGAAAUCGUGAGCAAUGCUAUCUCCUAUGCUCUGUACAAAGCUUUCAGCACCAACGAGCAGGAUAAGGAUAACUGGAACGGGCAGCUGAAGCUUCUGCUGGAGUGGAACCAGCUGGACUUAGCCAAUGAUGAGAUUUUCACCAAUGACCGCCGAUGGGAGUCUGCAGACCUUCAGGAGGUCAUGUUCACAGCUCUCAUAAAGGACAGACCCAAGUUUGUCCGCCUCUUUCUGGAGAAUGGCUUGAACCUGCGCAAGUUCCUCACCCACGACGUGCUCACCGAGCUCUUCUCCAGCCACUUCAGCACCCUUGUGUACCGGAACCUGCAGAUUGCCAAGAAUUCCUACAACGACGCCCUCCUCACCUUUGUCUGGAAACUGGUCGCAAACUUCCGGAGAGGCUUCCGGAAGGAAGACAGAAAUAGCAGGGAUGAUUUGGACGUAGAAUUCCACGAUGUGUCUCCUAUUACCCGGCACCCCCUGCAAGCACUGUUCAUCUGGGCCAUUCUUCAGAACAAGAAGGAACUCUCCAAAGUCAUAUGGGAACAGACCAGGGGCUGUACUCUGGCAGCCUUGGGGGCCAGCAAGCUCCUGAAGACUCUGGCCAAAGUGAAGAAUGAUAUCAAUGCUGCUGGGGAGUCUGAGGAGCUGGCGAAUGAGUAUGAGACCCGUGCCGUCGAGCUGUUCACAGAGUGUUAUAGCAGUGACGAGGACUUGGCAGAGCAGCUGCUGGUCUAUUCCUGUGAAGCUUGGGGUGGGAGCAACUGCCUAGAGCUGGCGGUGGAGGCGACAGACAGGCACUUCAUCGCCCAGCCUGGGGUCCAGAAUUUUCUUUCCAAGCAAUGGUAUGGAGAGAUUUCCCGGGACACCAAGAACUGGAAGAUUAUUCUGUGUCUGUUUAUUAUACCCCUGGUGGGCUGUGGCUUUGUAUCAUUCAGGAAGAAGCCCCUGGAGAAGCACAAGAAGCUGCUCUGGUACUACGUGGCCUUCUUCACCUCGCCCUUCGUGGUCUUCUCCUGGAACGUGGUCUUCUACAUCGCCUUCCUGCUGCUGUUCGCCUACGUGCUGCUCAUGGACUUCCACACGGUGCCCCAGCCCCCCGAGCUGGUCCUCUACGCGCUGGUCUUUGUCCUCUUCUGUGACGAAGUGAGACAGUGGUACGUAAAUGGGGUGAAUUAUUUUACCGACCUGUGGAAUGUUAUGGACACGCUGGGCCUUUUUUACUUCAUCGCAGGAAUUGCAUUCCGGCUCCACAAUUCUAAUAAAAGCUCUUUGUAUUCUGGAAGAGUCAUUUUCUGCCUGGAUUACAUCAUUUUCACUCUAAGGCUGAUCCACAUUUUCACCGUAAGCAGAAACUUAGGACCCAAGAUUAUAAUGCUGCAGAGGAUGAUGAUCGAUGUGUUCUUCUUCUUGUUCCUCUUUGCGGUGUGGAUGGUGGCCUUUGGGGUGGCCAGGCAGGGGAUCCUCAGGCAAAACGAGCAUCGCUGGAGAUGGAUAUUCCGCUCGGUCAUUUAUGAGCCCUACCUGGCCAUGUUUGGCCAGGUGCCCAGUGACGUGGAUGGUACCACCUACGACUUCUCCCACUGCACCUUCACGGGGAACGAGUCCAAGCCCCUAUGUGUGGAGCUGGACGAGCACAACCUGCCACGCUUCCCCGAGUGGAUCACCAUCCCCCUGGUGUGCAUCUACAUGCUGUCCACCAACAUCCUGCUGGUCAACCUGCUGGUCGCCAUGUUCGGCUACACCGUGGGCACCGUGCAGGAGAACAACGACCAGGUGUGGAAGUUCCAGAGGUACUUCCUGGUGCAGGAGUACUGCAGCCGCCUCAACAUCCCCUUCCCUUUCGUGGUCUUCGCCUACUUCUACAUGGUGGUGAAGAAGUGCGUCGGCUGCUGCUACAGGAAGCGGGGCGCCGAGUCCUCCCUCUGCUGUUUCAGAAAUGAGGACAACGAGACUCUGGCGUGGGAAGGUGUCAUGAAGGAAAAUUACCUUGUCAAGAUCAACACCAAAGCCAAUGACACCUCAGAGGAAAUGAGGCAUCGAUUUAGACAACUGGAUACAAAGCUUAAUGAUCUCAAGGGUCUUCUGAAAGAGAUUGCUAAUAAAAUCAAAUAAGACUGCACGAAUUCUAAUGGAGGAAAAUCUAAUUAUAGCAAGAAACUCUGAGCAAAUGAAGCUAGAACUUUCUGGGUCUUAACCUCGAUGGAAUGAGUUGAGCCUUGAUCCUUCCACCUUAGUCACUCGGUUCACACUGGCAGACUGGUCAGCACACACACCUUUAAGAAGGAACAUUCUCAGAGCUGCCUCAACACUGAAAGAAAACCUCUCAGCUUCUGCACAUGCACAUGGACCUAUUUCCAGUCUGUUCCCAGCACAUUUUGAAGCAAACCUUGUCCCUGUCUGAGAAUGGAAGCAGGAACUGUAUUCCCAAUGCAUCUUUGCUUUUACAGGUAACAUCCAAGUCUGCUGAUGAACGAUUUUGCUAUUGAUGUGGGGAUCUUUCGGCUUCUGAGUAAUAGUGGAGGCACUUCAAUCCCCUUGUUGUGCUGAAGUCUGGGAAUAAAGCGUAUGGUGGAUUUUGCACAUGAAGACGGAUAUAAAGGAAGCGCAUUUCCUGGAAUGCCCUGUCUUGGUGCCUGGGACUGGGAGUCCUGGCUUUUACCUGUGUCCUUGCAGCCUCCGCCUCCCAGUCUCACAGGAGAACAUCGCUCCUACCCACAAGGACUGGUCACGUUUUCCCUCCUGUAAUGCUAUUUUGUUUAUUUCUAAUUGAUUCUUUACUUUUCCCUUUUUGGGUAUCACGUGACGAAUUAGUUGGCAAAUUGUUAAAAGUGUCCUGGAUUGGGCCAGAUUCUAAAAUGUGCUGUAUGUAACAAGAGGACCCUGCUCUUUUCAGAACAAAGUAUUUUUAUUUCCCGUGAUGUUUCGCACCUGUCACGGGAGGAGCUACAGCAGGGUCUCGUCCUCUCAGAUGCUCCAGGAACUCCUCUUGAGGGAAUCCUCUCGUUCCUAACAAUGUGAAAAUUCACUCAAACCGGAACCUUCAGAGGCACUACUGAUUUUAUUUUCACUGGGUGCUCCUCUUAUUUCUUAGUUUUUCCAUUAAAAAUAGUGCAUGGAUAUUAUAGAAAAUUUAACUACAUACAGAGGUAGAAAGAACAAAUCGCCCCCACUACCUAAAGGUCAUCACUGCGAAUGUUUCUGGAUGUUUUCCAGGUCUGCUUUUUUCUAUACAGGUUUCAUUUCUCUUUUAAAAUUUUACAUGAUGUCAUCAUUAUAAUACAUGCAAUUUUAUAUAAGCCUUUUCACUUUGCAUUUUAUCACAGUUUUCAUUAUACUUAUGGUCUUCUUAAGCAUCACAUCAAUAAUUGCAUGCUAUUCAACCUCUAGUGGUUUCCAUGAUGUUGGUCAUUGAAAGCUAUUUCCAAUUGAUUAUCAGAAUUAGCGUCUUUGUGCAUGAAUCUUUUUGCUGCAUUCAGGGAAAGUUUCCCAAGACUAGUCCAAGCAAUACCUAUUGAUUAUCCAGCCCCAUGCAGUUCUUUUUCAUAAAUGUAUAGCGAAUAGAAAUUGUUAACUCGAGUGUAAGAUAUGAAAUACAUGCAUGUCCAACUAUUAAGAUAUCAUAUUCAAUCCUUAGUUUAGGAAGAAGCCAAUAUGCUUGUUUAAAUUUAGAUGUUGAAGGCAAUGGCAUAGGAUUAGGAAGACUGUGUUAUUGAAGACUCCCAGUUGUAGCUUUCUCUGGAAGGGCUACUAUCUGAGCCGGACGUACGUAGGAAUUUAAAUACUCAUUGUUAGUUCUUCAGCUUUGAUUGGACUAUCAACUCAGUGGCUGGAGGAGGAAAUCUUAAGGGGAAGCUAUGAAAAAAAUCAUCUAAUUAGAAAAAUUACAGAAGCAUUAACCCUAAAACGUUGAUUUUCCUGGGCAGUAGUAAAAAUGGCUACUCACAGCAUUUGCGAUGUUUGCAGGGGAUGAACACGAAGAAAGUCGUCCUUUCACUUAAACCUUAAUGCUGGCCUGAAGGGGCAUCUUAGUCAAUUGGGCCAAUCAAUUCCUGGCUUCAGCUGCUGAAAGUAGAUGGAACAAAAUUUACAUGACAAAAAUUGUCAAUGAAUGGGCCAUUCAAAAUUUCUCUGUGAGAGAGAGAGAGAAUGUCACUUUCAUCUCACCAUGGCAACUAAAAUCUCUGCCUCUUUUGAAACCACGGAGAAGACAAAAUGUCAUCCCCAUACUGCCUGAAAAACUACAGCAUAUGACAGUGCCUGAGAUUGUGCAGAAAGCAGCAGCUCUCAACCUCGUCCCCGCAGUUCUAGUAGGGAAUUUGAAUAAAAUUAGUAAAUUAAAUGUAAAAUUCCCAGAAGAUGAAAUGUAGCGUAAUCUAUUUUCUGAUCUCCCUUUAACUAAUUCAUCCAUAAGUUGGUCUUUUCCACUGACUGUUUCUGUGAGCUUCGGAAACAGACCUGCGUGCACAUCACUAUUGGCAGCCAAAGAAAUCCUCUCAUUAAUGCUAAACAGAAAAAGCCCUCAGGACCCAGAGCUCACUGGUAUCAGAGAGGGGGCUGGUCAGUGUUUCCAACUCAGCUGGACUGGGGGAUGUUGAUGCACAGUCACCCGACCGGGUUUUUGCUUGUGCACAGCCAUUGUCUCCACUGUAGCUCACGAAAAUAGCACAUGUGUUGAACAUGUCUCUAAUCAAAGGUGCUACGUCCUCAUGUGGGGCACUAAUGGUGUCCGUGCCCUUGUGCACCGAGAAUCCGCAGCCCGGUGUAAAUGGAGGUGUUAAUGGACUAAAUAGCGGAUAGAGGGAUUGCCGUGUGUUGCUUUUGUCAUUCUAUUGAGAGUGAAAAAAAAUAAAAUUCCUUAAAGUUCAGUCCAA